ACAAGACAAACCGCCGCGUACAGACACGCUGCACUGAAGUUGAACAAUUAUUACGGAUUGUCUCCAGAUAUGGAGUCUAAAGCGAAGAUAUUAGAAAUGCAGAUUUAAAAAGUAGGACGGCGUUUUCACACAACAGUUCUUUAAGGAAAUCACAUUUAAUGUGUGAUUUAUAACUCCCCGGUUGCUUCAACAGUGUUUUCGGAUAUCUGUCGCCCAUCCCAAAUGUGCGAUUUAAUGUCAGCGGCUCAACCUGCCGAAAAAAUCGGCAAAAUGAAGAAACUGAGAAGAACUUUGUCCGAAAGCUUCAGUCGCAUCGCUUUCAAGAAAGAAGACAGCGGCUUUGACGAGAUAUGUGUCACAAAGAUGUCCACUCGCAGCUGUCAGGGAUCAGACGCGCUCAUCAAGACGUUAGACACCAUCCCUGAAGACAAGAAAGUGCGAGUGCAGCGGACGCAGAGCGGCUUUGAUCCCUUCGAGAAACCUGCCAGCCAGGUGAAGCGCGUUCACUCUGAGAACAAUGCCUGCAUCAACUCCAAAAGCUCCUCCGCCGGGAAAGAGUCUCCCAAACUACGACGCCACUCCAGUCCCAGUUCUCCCACAAGCCCAAAGUUCGGAAAGACAGAUUCAUACGAGAAACUGGAAAAACUCGGAGAGGGUUCGUACGCCACGGUAUACAAAGGAAAGAGCAAGGUGAACGGGAAGCUGGUUGCGUUGAAAGUGAUUCGUCUGCAGGAGGAAGAGGGAACGCCGUUCACUGCCAUCAGAGAAGCGUCUCUUCUGAAAGGCCUGAAGCAUGCGAAUAUAGUGCUGCUGCACGACAUCAUUCACACUAAAGAAACUCUGACGCUGGUCUUUGAGUAUGUGCAUACAGAUUUGUGUCAGUACAUGGACAAACAUCCUGGAGGGCUCCAUCCAGAUAACGUCAGGCUUUUCCUGUUCCAGUUACUAAGGGGUCUGUCUUACAUCCAUCAACGGUACAUUCUCCACCGUGACCUGAAACCACAAAACCUGCUCAUCGGCGACACGGGCGAACUCAAGCUCGCCGACUUUGGUCUUGCACGUGCAAAGUCAGUCCCCAGCCACACAUACUCUAAUGAGGUGGUGACUCUGUGGUAUCGGCCGCCAGACGUCCUGCUGGGAUCUACAGACUACUCCACCUGUCUGGACAUGUGGGGUGUUGGAUGCAUCUUCAUUGAGAUGAUUCAGGGGGUGGCAGCUUUCCCGGGCAUGAAGGACAUUCAGGACCAACUGGAGCGGAUAUUUCUCGUGUUGGGGACACCAUCUGAAGAGACGUGGCCAGGUGUGCACUCACUCCCUCACUUCAAACCAGAUCGUUUUACUGUUUACAGCCCCAAGAAACUGAGGCAAGCCUGGAAUAAGUUGGGUUAUGUGGAUCACGCUGAAGAGUUGGCGUCCAGGUUUCUUCAAUGCUUUCCAAAGAAGCGUCUCUCAGCGCAGGCAGCGCUCAACCACGAAUACUUCAGUCACCUGCCGCCGAGACUCUGGGAGCAUCCAGACAUGUCUUCUAUUUUCACCGUUCCCUCCGUAAAGUUACAGCCGGAAUCUGGCGACAGCAUCCAGGUGUGCAGUAAGAGCAACAGUCACGGCAAAACAACAGCAAUCAGCAAACACUGACCCGAUGAACCGCACGCCACCAGUGAAACAGGUUUUUGCUGUCAGCCGUGAAGAAGCUGAAGGACAAAGAGAGGAGAAUGAUACGCGAGUGGCUCUUCUGUUUAUUUAUAUGAUUUUACUUCCAGCUGAUUCGAACUUCCCUGUGAGACUGAGAGUGUGAAGACACAAGUCAUGCAUCCAGUCAUAUCUGAGUUUAUCAUCUGUUUUUCCACUGUUUGUUUCCGAGGAAUGUUGUGUUAUGUUCACACAUCGUCGACAUGCGAACAACGCUCGGAAACAUCAAGGGAAGGACUUCAAAAGGCAAUUAAUAUGAGCUGGUUGUGUAUGUAGCUACCUAUGUAUGAAUGUAUAUUUGUAUGUACGGUAAAAUAUAAGUGUCUAUUUUAGAAAACAGACCAAAUGCCGUCCAGCGCACAAUCAGAUGCUAACAAGACAUCUGCACACGCAAGACCGACAAUACAGAGCUAGCAUUUAGCAUUUCUUGCUACCUUCCGCUUUCUGGGCUACUUUCUGAAACUUUUCAAUAAUUCCGACAGUAAUAAAAAUAUUCGCACUGAUUAUGAUGUUGUCCAUGCAUUUGCAGCCUGAUGGUGCACGUUCACUCACUGCAGGGACAACGCUAAAGCAAUUAGCACCAUCGCUAGCGGCUGAGAGGCAUUCGGGGGGAUUAUCGUGGUACUUGAGAAACACUUAUCUGUGUGUGUAUUUAAGUGUGCAUUGAGUGUUAAAUACAGGCAAUACGUUUGCACUGGUGCUACUGUGCAUGGGAAAGAAAUUCGGUCGUCCACGUUUAGAAAUUGAUUUGUUUUUGCUGUUCCGUCCAAAAGCUCGUGACAAUCUAAUAAUGAAUUGCACUCGCUAAUUGAUCAUUAACAUGGCCCAAAAAGAUUUUUACAAGGUGUUGCUUUGAACUGUUAAGGGCUGUUCGCACAGACUACAUUCUUGCAUUCAGCUGCGUUAUUUUUAAAUCGUUGGACUUUGUAAACAUGCAUUAUGUUGCGAUGCAUCUAACUGUUUUUUAGUGUCUCGCGCCAUGAGCACUAUGCAUAAUAAAAAAAAAAGUUAAUACGUGUCUCGAGGGCACUGUGUUUGGUCUCAUUUUGUUGCGCUGCGUCAAGCUGUUUUUUGAAUGCAAAAAUGCAUCCUGUGUGAACGCCCCCUUUCCAUUUCGAAUUGCGUAGAAAUCAAAGACUCGCUGAUAAGAUGCGUUCCUUUAAGAAGGAAGGAGGGUGGUCUGAAGGACCCUUCUCCAAGUGCACUACUCCCCUAGUCCCCGUACUGAUCAGGGCUCUCGGUACAGCAGUUAUUGCUCUUCCUGUUCAUGUCCGUCUGUUCUGACACAAUCGAUUUAUGCGCAACAGAUCUAUUGAGCGAGAUAAUAAUGUAAUCUAUGUUUGGGUACAGUAUUAGUUGCUGAGCUGAAACAGUAUGUGUCUCUUUGUGUUUAAAUUUUUUUUUAGCUUUCUGUGAUAAGUGCAAAAUGUAGUACAAUAGCAAUGUUUGGCCCUACACUGUUAAUAGAUCAUUAAGAAAAAGCAUUAGUCGUCAAUCAACAGAACGGCCACAUCACCCUGCUUAUAAUCAGAUUUAAUAGCAUUCAUAAACGGAAUGGAAUGCUGUUACUCAAGUGUACAGGCGUGCAUGUCCCUUUAUACGUCAUACCUUGACAGUUACAGUUAUCCUGACAUAAUCCGUUUUCAUUGUAUUAUUAACAUUUGUACAAAUUGAAUAUCUUGAUUUAGCUUUAAUCAUAAUAGUAUGGCUGAUGGUCAGAGGAUUAUAAUGGUGUUCAUGGAGUUUAAAAGGUCUUCAUCACCUACUGCGAAUGCACUUUUGAACAUUUUUGCUCAACAUUCCAGCUUAUAGGGUCACGUGUUGCACCUGUAUGUUACUUAAAGGUGCUGUAAGUGAUUUUUUCUUGGUAAAGUAUGCAAAAAAAUGUCCUACUCCCUUAAAGAUAUUAAUGAAAUAAGUGUCCUGAGAUAUCUCACCGGUCUAGACUUUGUAAACAGCAAACAAAAAUGUGACGCUUUUCACCUGUCAAUCAUUUUGCUCGUUCUCAUAGUGUUGUAUUUGAAGCGGAUCAUUGAGGCUGUGAUUCAUUAUGUUUGCCAGUUGAGGGCGCUGUUGUGCCACUGUUAAAUUUGACAGCCACAGGAACAAACAAUGCUGCUCUUUUGCUCAGUUUUGCUCUCAAAAUAUCUUUGGAGGGCGGGGUUUUUAAAUGAGGGGGCGUGGCUAAUUCAACGCUCAGUCACGUGAAAGCUUCAGAACGCUAAAAAUCGCUUACAGCACCUUUAAUGUAUUUUUAAUGUAGGAUUGAAUCCCCUAAAUUAUCGUUUCGUACGUGUAUGCAAUUCAUGAAUGACUUCCGAUGUUGACAGUGAAAACGAUUGCAAUGUUUUGGCAUCUCGCAGCUGUAAACAAGAAACAUGGAUGCUAGCAGUUUAACCCAUUUGGUGUUAGCUUUUUUUAGUGAAGUAAUAUUAGCGACCGGAGAUGUCAGGUGUUAAUAAAUUGGCAUCAGGGUCAGUGUUUUUUUUUUUUUUUUGUUGCCAUUAUUAAAAAACGCAUUAAAAUUGCAUUUCACACAAAACAGUGACUUGAAUACACCUCUACUUUGAUGAAAUUUUUUUUUUGUCAUUUUUAUUUUUUUAUUUUAGGAGUUCAAAGUCAUUUAGAUGCUUUUUCUGGGCCUAAAGUAAAAAAAUGUCUAAGUGGUGAAACCGUCUGGAAAUAAACCGACGGUAAAUAAAAUUAAAAUCUCAUAAAAAGCUGAAAUUCUUGGGAUGUGUUGGCAUGAGUAGUGCAGGAUAAUAUUUUAUUGUUUCUUUCAAAAAAAAAAAAAAAAAAAAAAAAAAAAGUAGUAAAGUAAAAUUGUUUUAAAAUACCAUGAAUUUUUGAAAAACUUUUGUGCUCCAAAUUAAAAUCAUUUGGGAAAACUGGCAUGUGCCGUAGGUUGCCAUUUUAUUGUCAUGUGACCAAAACAAACAAACAAAAACCAUAUAAAACAGAGAGAACCCCUUUAGACCCUCAAGACUGUGUGAGAAGAUUUAAAGAAAAAUAUAUCAGAGAUUUUUAUGAAAAGGUGCAUUUUGUUCAGGUCAAAUGGAGUAACCAUAAGAAAACUUCUUUAUAUUUAUGAUUGUAAAAAUCAUGAUAUUAGUAAAUGUUUGAAACUUUUUGAAAGUAACGAUUAAGUUGCGUACACGUGUUUAUAUUAAGGUGCAAGAAAAGUAUUUUAAUACCUUGAUUGUUACACCACUUGACGUUAAAACAUUUUCUUUUUUCUUUCUUUUUCCUUUUUUGUAGAAAAUGCAAUUAAUGCUUUUCAAACAUUUAUAAAAACCAACAUGAACUCAAAGAUUACAUUUCUAUGAACUUGAAACAUGUUUUUUAAACUAGAUUUUUUUUUGUAGAAAUAUUGUCUACAUUUUUAUCAUUUCAGACAACUUUGUCAACGACCUGUCAAGAGAAGCAUUGCGUUUUGUUUAUCGUUGCUUUCAAACAGUGCACUCUAAUAGAAACACUAAAUAAAACUUCAUGGAUUUAAAGAAAUGCAGUUGUCACUCCUGAAAAUAGCAGAACUCUGAAUGGGAUUAAACACUCCAAUUUGGGGCCUAAUUCAACUCCUAGUCUGCACCAAACCGCCACCACGCUGGUGGAGAAGACUGUAUUUGAAAGUUCGUUUAGCGUCUCAUCUGUAUUCUCUCGGAGGGACCCGCUGAAAUGAAGUUCAUGUUGUUUUAUAUGUUGCGACUAUGAAGAGAGCUGCAUCUUUAUUCUGUCAGAACGCAGCAAUGCGUCUGCACCCACUGUCGCAUUAAACCGUUCCACCAGUAUUAGCAGCUCAAUAAUUAUUUUUCAUGCGACGUGCAUGUAAGUACUCCUUUUGCCUUUGUGCCAGUCGCAGCCUUACAUGCAGUCACUGAAACCACACGCUGUAUUUUAUCUCCACCUUUAGGUGCGCAGAGUUUCCUUUAGUUUUCACGCCGAGGUGUUUUCCGGACGUUUGCCCUCGCAGUGAGAUUGUGGAGAAAACAAAAAGAUUAGUAAUAAUUAACCAUCAUUGAAAUUGCACAUUUAGCACUGUGACGGUCACAAACCAGACCUCAUGUUUGCGCAAUCAUUGGCUCUCACUUCAAAGUCGGCAUCCAGACGUUAUUAAAUCAAUAUAUAAAUGUUAAAAACAAAACAACAAAAAACACUAAUGGGAAUAGCUUUAGAUUCCCAGGUUUGCUCUAUAUGACAUGCUUUGGAAUGUGCUGUCAAUACCAUGUUAUUCUUCUAUUCAUCUGUAAUUAUAUUUAAUCUUUUGUAAUCUUUGGUAUAUACUCUGCUGUAUAUAUGACGAGGGGGCAUUGAGAUGCCAGUGGUAGUAGCGAUGCUUCUGCAUUCAGGUCACCAAUGUCCCCUUGGCUAAUUCAUAUUCCGUAUAUAGUUAUUGGGCAAAAGGUGUUACGGUUCAACAUGCAUCUCGCCGCGCUGAUCACUCGAUCUGUUUUUGCUUCACUCGCCUAUAUCGAGUUUUGCUUUUUGUAAGAUGCACUGAAAUAAUACAGAAGUUUGACAAGCAGUCUGGAACUUAGAAGUGUAGCUGGUCACUUUAUACAAGAAAAAAACGUAGAAUAUAUUAGAGUCAGGGCCGUUUCUAGGCAUAGGCGAACUAGGUGGUCGCCUAAGGCAGUGGCGGAUUUAGGCAUGGGCAGUUGCCCAGGGUGGCAUCUUGCGGUGGGGGGGUGGGGGGCGGCGGCGGCACGAGGCACCCACACAGAUCCCCCCCCUCCCACCCCCCGGUCAACAACUUUGGGGGCGUGUUGAAGCGGGUUUCGUCUAGGGUGCCCUACAAGCUAGAACCGCUACUGGCCUAAGGCACCAUCUGCUGGGGGGGUGCCCAAAGAGGAGGCCACCCCAAACCCCCCCCCCAACGGGGUCAGCAAUAGGGAUCUCGCCUAGGGCACCAGAAUGGUCUGAAACGACACUGAUUACAGUAGUAACUGCAUUAUUUGUUAGAAUCUGUAUGUAAUGUUAUUAUUAUGGAAGAUGUAAUGUCCUUCUGUAAAUGUUGUUUAUCGUUGUUUUACCUGAAAUAAAAAUAAAGUUUAUUAAUGCU